UGAAUGAAAGCUUCCAGAGCCCGGUGACCUUCACUUUGGUGCGAGCGAUGCUUUUUGUUGUGUAGUACUGUGGAGAGAGGGAGAGAAGGAGAGCGAGAGAGAGGAAGGGGCGUCCUCCAUUGGUUUUAAGAUGCUGUAGGUAAGGCUAGCAGCAGGUCCAAAUCCGAUUCAGAGACAUCGAGGCGGCGUUCUGCGUGCAGUUGCCUGUUGAGACUCUGUGAGUGCAGUUCGUUGUAGGUUAUGUGCUUCUGUCGCCUACACAUUGCAUACGCAGUGUAAUGUGAAGAAACAUUGUGUUUUCGAAUGUGAUGUACAGUUUGUGUGCAGAUACACGUUGAUCUGGAUGUGGAGAUUCUAAUUUAUAAACUGUCUAUUUACAUACGAGUGCAUAUUGCAGAAGUUGUCUCCAGAAAUGGUGUAUCAUACAGCUUUUAGCGGGAAGUUAUGUCCCAGUGCUAUUGAAACUCUUGUGACACAGUGCCAGUUUCUGUAGGUCGACAGUGUUUACCAAAAACACCAGGAACUUAAUGACGUAACGUACUUCUAGCGCGUUCCAUUUUUUGUUUCUUAAUAUAUUAUGCACACAAAUGUUUCGUGGACGUUGUAUGUGCCCACAGACAUACGGAAACUCCUGCAUGUUUCGUCAGAAUAAACAGUGAUUAUUUUCGUAAACAGCAAUAAGCGGUUUGAUGUUUGUAAUAGAGACGCAGUGUGUUUCUGUAAGAUGUUACAGAGAAAUUGAUCUUCUGGAAGCAAAACCGAAGAAGAAAUAACCGUCAGACCGAGAAAUUAAGCUUCGCAGUCAACAGAAUGUGAAUGUAUGUCUUAUUGCCAAAGUGGACUGUGAUGAGUAGUACAGUGGAAGCGUGGUUUGCGCUGUGUUACUUAAUGAACUGAUUAGCAAUGCGUGUGUAAACUGGGAUAUUGUAAAAGAACAUUUGAUGCAAUGCUGGAGUUUGUGAAACGUGGAAGUGUGGGCAAUAUGCCAUCAGGAGGAUAUUACACUCAGUAUAUGAACAUCAGCAACAGAACUAGCAGCGUGAGAGAUCAACAACAGUGCCAACAUUUGGCCGCUAAACUUCUCUGCUCUCUUCACUGCGUCGAUAGAUACGCAAAGGAACAAGCGAACCAUUCCUGGCGCUUUCAUGUCGGAAGACAUGAGGGAGUGCCUCAUCACCACCCCCAACAGCAGACGCAGCAGCAACUACAGCCUGGUGGUAUGAACCCUCCAGAGGGCCGCUGUGGCACCCCGCCAGCCACAGGGAGCCCCGACCGCCUAGAUAAAGCCACGCUUAAAGUGCAUCUCCCCAACGGUGGCUUCAACGUGGUCAAAUUUGGGGAUGCCAUUGAUGUCAAGGGCAUCAUCACUUUGGUGACAAGCCGCUUGGCCACAGGGCAGAGGGCAUAUCAGCAUUUGUAUGCCAUGAGAUUGCACCAUCCACCAACAGGGGAAGUGUACUGGUUGCACCAGGACACCACCAUGUACCAGGUGCAAGAGAAGUAUGAGCGCAAACACCCACACUCAGAAUGGCGGUAUGAACUGAGGGUGCGCUACUUGCCGCAGAAUCUUACAGAUCUCUAUGAGAAGGACCGGGUCACCUUUUAUUAUUACUAUGACCAGGUGCGGAAUGACUACUUGUGUGCAGACCAUGCAGCUUUAGAUCAAGAUGUUGCUGUACAGUUGUGCUGCUUGGAAAUCCGUUAUUUUUUCAAGGAUAUGCCACAGAUUGCCCUUGACAAGAAGUCAAAUUUGGAGUAUCUUGAAAGAGAGAUUGGGUUGCACAAGUUCUUGCCACGAGCUGUGCUAGAUGGAAUGAAGCCAAAAGCAUUGCGGAAAUUAAUCCAGCAACACUUCAAGAAGGUGGCAGCACUUUCUGAGCUUGAGUGUAUGUUCAAAUUCUUCGAGCUCCUUCGAGCUCAUUAUCGCUUCGAUCAAGAGAGGUUUCGUUGUGACCUUGGGUCGGGGUGGUCCAUUCCAGUAGAGCUAGUCAUAGGGCCUGAUCUUGGGAUAUCUUACAUGACUCAUCGAGCCACAUCACCAACACGAAUGGCUGAGUUUGAUAGGAUACAAGCCAUCCAGACAUUAGUGUCAGACUGUGAAGUGCAUCGUAAGGCCAUGGUACAGCUGCGUGUGGCUGGCACAACCGAGACGCUCACCAUAACAUGCCCAUCACUGGAAGUUGCAGAGAGUUUGGCUGACCUCAUCGAUGGUUACUGUCGCCUUGUUACACAAUCAACGACUUCCCUGUGGAACAGGAAAGAUGCACACCCUCCGAAGUACCGCCAACAGCAGCAGCAUGGCGUAGGUUCACGACAAGCUAGUGGAGGUUCAGGCAGUCCAGAGACAACAGCCGCGCAGACUGGCACCAUGCUGUCAGAGGACUAUGCAGAAAUUGUAGAUGAGGAGGGAGACUACUCAACACCAGCCACUCGUGACUAUGAGCUGGUGCGAAAUCAAGUGGAAUUAGCUGAGAUUAUAGGUGAGGGACAAUUUGGUGAUGUCCAUAAAGGAACAUUCAAAGGACGAGACAACCAAGUGAUCCCAGUGGCUGUAAAGACUUGCAAAGCUGAUGCUGACCUAGCAACAGCUGAGAAGUUCCUAGAGGAGGCCUAUAUAAUGCAACAGUUUGACCAUCCUCACAUCAUCAAACUGAUUGGUGUGUGUUCAGAGAGUCCUAUCUGGAUUGUGAUGGAGUUGGCAAGGCUGGGAGAGAUGCGAGCUUACCUGCAGAGCAACAAGCACCGUUUGGACUUGGCAACAUUGCUGCAAUAUACAUUUCAACUCAGCACUGCACUUUCUUAUCUUGAAUCUAAGAAAUUUGUGCACAGGGAUAUAGCAGCUCGCAAUGUGUUAGUGUCUGCUCACAACUGCGUGAAGUUGGCGGACUUUGGCCUGAGUCGUUGGGUGGAAGAUCAGAGCUACUAUAAAGCUAGUAAGGGAAAGCUGCCCAUUAAGUGGAUGUCUCCAGAAUCAAUUAACUUCAGACGGUUCACUACAGCCAGUGAUGUGUGGAUGUUUGGUGUGUGUAUGUGGGAGAUUCUUAUGCUGGGAGUGAAACCGUUCCGAGGUGUGAAGAACAAUGAUGUGAUUGGAAAGAUUGAGAGUGGCGAGCGAUUAGCCCUUCCUCAGAACUGCCCACCACGUCUCUACAGCCUCAUGUCUCAAUGUUGGGCAUAUGAACCAUCCAAAAGGCCCAGCUUCAAGGAAAUACGUGAAGUGCUCAAUGAGAUCUUGAUGGAGGAAAGGCACCAACAGCAGGAGACUAUGAGAAGGGAAAACCGACGUGUGCAAGCCAUGUCAUGGGGUUCAACAGGAUCUGACGACCCUCCACCUCCAAAGCCAGCAAGGUUUCCAAUCUUUGGGGCAGCGGACUCGACAUCUCUUGCCUCCUUGACGGGGACACUAAGCGGAGGUGGCUCCAUCAACAAUGCAACUCCUGCCCCCACAACGUACAUUGUUGCACAGAAUCCAGAGGUCUUGGUACAGCUGCUGCGUGAAAAUGAAUCCAGAGGAAUCUCACCUUCUGUCUACACUACACCAGCAUCAGCAUUCAACACUCUAGCGAACCAGGUGGUGACUCCUGCACUAAGUGUGUAUGGAGAUAAUUUGCUGGAAGAUGGCAGCGGUGGAGGGGAUGGCAGCCAGCUGGACCUGGAGAUGGAGCAGCAGUUACUGGAGCAGAGACUGCGACAGCAACAGCGGGAAUCUGAGGAAGAUGGCCGGUGGUUGGCUGAGGAAGAAACGAAUUUGAAGAAGCGAUUGUCCAUUGCAACGAGCCUCUCGGACCGAUCUGACACAGAUUCUGUCGAUGGCUCUCCACUACAUCACGGUGGCAGUGCUGCAACCCCUCCCUUACCUUCCUCUGCCACUCCUCCUUCGACCAUCUGCCGCACCAGUUCACAGCACGACUCUUCUGAACGGGACCGUUCGUCAACACCUCUGAGCAAUGGUUCAGCUGAGGACAGGGUCAUUGUUGUCAAGAAGAUGGAACCAACACCAACUGCUGAUCUGGACCGCUCCAAUGACAAAGUGUACGAGUGCACAACGAGUGUCGUUAAGGCUGUCAUGUCACUGUCACAAGGUGUGCAACAGAGUCAGGCGGAUCAGUACUUGGAACUGGUGCGACGUGUGGGCAUGGAACUGAGGGCACUGCUGUCUAGUGUUGAUGCUCUUGUUCCUGUGUUUCCAGCCCUGGCCCAUAGAGAGGUGGAGAUGGCACACAAAGUCCUGAGUAAGGACAUGGGAGAACUUGUCAGUGCCAUGAAGUUAGCACAGAACUAUAGCACUACCACACUGGAUGCUGAGUACAGAAAGGGUAUGUUAUCGGCUGCACAUAUUUUGGCAAUGGAUGCCAAAAACUUGCUGGAUGUAAUUGACUCGAUUCGAAUCCGUUACCCAGAUGUGAACACAUAUAUCUGCACAGGCAUGCCUGUUCGAACUGUUCAAAGUGACGUAGUGGAAACCGAGCGAGAUGUGAAGCCGGUGCCACAGGAAACUCCAUCACUAGGAAGCCUGGAACGUCAGAGAAAAAUGGCUGUGCCAUGUUCAGCAAUGUCCAAUGUGAUGGUUCAGCAGCCCAUAUACAGUGCGGCCACUAAACCGCCACUGCUGUCCACUGUGUCAGGUGCUCCUGUCUUGCAGAAAGCUGCGAAUAAACUGAGCAGUGCAACUGGAUCAUUAGCAUCAUCUAACACAACAGAUAGCUAGCAAGACUAUGUGAACAUAUGUUUAACGUACCAAAAUAGAUUCAUCUUAAAUUUACUUAGUAUGAAAGAAUAUCUAAAUAAAAUAAAUAAGUCAUAUAUGUGUGCUACAUUAUGCAUGGCACGGUUUCAGUUUAUCAGGAAUAAAGUAAUGCUCAUUCCACACCAACGCAGAUUGUCUAAAUAUCUUUUGCUGCAGAUGGAUUAGUACAUGAUAUCAUAUAAUAUCAUAAAUAUACUCAAGCAAGUCUUGUGUCUGUCUUGCCUGUGUGCUCUCUCUUCAUUUUUCUUCGGUUUAAGGACAGAUAAUGAUCAUGGCUCUGUAAUACUACAGACAGGUUUUAUGCAUUUUGUUACAGUGAGUAACAUGUCAGGCAAAAUUUAACUUUAUGUCCAUUUUCUAUAAAAAAAAGUACCACGUCGAGGAUGUCAAACUUGGAGUGAGAUAACAGUCAUUUGUUAAUUAUGAGUUUCAUUGCGUCUCUACAACACAUGAUAUUAGAAAUGUUUAUUAAGGUAAGAGCUAGGUUGAAAAGUCUUUCCUGAGUUCCAGUGUACAUAAGAAUAAAGUCUGGAGUCACAUGAUCUUCAGGCUUAUCUUCUUUAUAAGCUAUGAAUUAAUUAAUCCAAAACUUGUAGAAAUUUCAUAAUCUUUCAGUUUGUAAAGUUUGUAUGCAGCCAUUCUUAAGUUCUCACAAAUUCAAAACUGAACUGUGUUCCACGUGGUUACACAGCAUUAUGGCCCAUUUGCAAUUGAAAUUAAUAUUUCAUAUUAAGAUUACAGUCUUCUGGGUUAUGACUUUGUUUACUUUGGUAUGAUAGAUACUAACAUUUUGGAGGAACAUACUGCCUUUAUCCUCAGGAUGACAUUGUGAAGAUGGAGGUAGCAGUCAGUACCCACCUACCUACCAUUGUUUGUCACAUCCUGGAAGGCUGCAAUGUUGAUACUCAACACCAUGAUAAAACCUCAGAUCUCAGAUAAAGUUACAUAUAUUUUUAUAAGGUUUCAGGAUCUUGUAUCGAAUGUUGUUGGCUCCCCCCAUAACUUCAGAUAUUUCAACAUUCACCAUGUUAGUGUUAUUUAAACCUAUGCAAUGCGACACACUUCUGGUCUUCUGGUUAUUCAUCUUGUAGGUGCUGUUAUGAAUACUUGCCGUUUAUCAUUAAUAACUGUAUGCCAAAUUAUGUUCUUGGAGAGUGUGGUACCUCUUGAUCAUAUGAGGGGGUGGAGUCCUGGUUUCUUUGUGCACAUCUUGCAGAAAGAACUGCUGUUUUCCAUCCUCCAUGCUUCUCUUGCUCAUUGCAAACACCACAGUCCUUGUUUCAAUUUCAUGAUUGCCCCCAAAAAUGAGCACUCUUAUUAAGCUCUUCUCUGUCCAGAUGACCUUCCCGUUCUCGUUUUGUUUUUGUCAUUCCCAGCAGCUCUUCAAACAACUGAAAUAUUUUCUAAACAUCAAUGGUCAUAAGUCCCACAGGACUUGGAACCGAGAACGACUGUGCUUGUGAUGGCCAGCAGCAAUUGUCCCAAAAAAAAAAUGCUGGUUGUGAGUUUCAAGGAGCUUGGUGCCAAGCUGAACUAAUCGGUGGCAAACUGCCAGUUGUCAAAUCACUCUCACUCUAAACAUCAAGUGAUUUAAUUUUGUUUGUUGAUUUUACUUUUGCACAGCAUAGAACUCUGUGAAACUGUUCACAACUGACACAUUUAAGAGCCAAAAAAAAACGUUUCUCUGCUGCUUUGAUGAUUUUCAGUUGCGGUUACCCCUUGAAAGUCCAUGGUGCCAAUUCUGCUUGUAUAUUCAGCUAUAACUUCAGGUCCAUGCAUUUCAUUUCUUGUCUACCUGCUGAACACUUCUGCUCCUGGCAUCAGAACACAGCCCUUUUCUUUGCCACCCUUGUACCAUUACAGAAUCAUGUUUUGUGAAGGCAGUGCCCUCAUAUUUUUACUUUCUUGUAUCAGGAGUAGUAUAGCAGUGGGCUCCAGGCUGGAUUUCUGGGGUUUGAUUCUCUGCAGAGGAAAGAUAUUUCUCUCCAUCCAGACUGGCUUGGAGUCCACCCAGCCUCCUAUUCAGUGGGCGCUAGGGCAGUUUCCCCUGGGGUAGAGUGGCCUGGUCAUAAAGCUGACCACUCACGUCCAUCUAAUGCGAGGUCAAGAAUGGUGGAGCUAUGCUCCCACUCCGUCAUAUGUCUUCAUGACAUAGCGCUUAAAUAAAUAGGCACAGGGACAACUUUACCUUGUUUUUACCAUAUUAUAAUGUUAGAACCUUUUGUGAUCAUUGAAAAUGCAAGCUUCAAAUUUUGACAGAUUUUUAUAUUUGCAACCCACCUCAUUGGUUGGAUGGAUUUUAUUCAUAUUUGGUAUUGAAGAAUUUAUUUAUUGUAGGUCAGUCCUUCGUGGCAUUUAGUCCACAAGUGAACUAUACCAAGCAACCGCCACUUGUCGGUGAAGUUAGUGGCAACUUUUGCAGAUUAAGGGUGUUGUGUGGUCACUGCAACAGAUUCCCAUGGCCGUUAAUCUCAGUUUUCUAAACUGGAUCAUAGGUCAGUGCUGGGAGAAUAUGAAUAUUCUGGCUCCAAAUACAGGGACCCUUCACAAGAACCCAAAACAAAGUGGCUGUAGCAAUUGUAAUUACAUUUCAUUAAUUUAUGGUGAUCAUCUCCCUAAGCGCAGGUAGUAUCCAGGACAGUAAUGAGCAUGCUGUCCAUCAACUGUGAUCUGUGAAGCAUACGAGGUGGUAUUGGAAAGUUAUUGCUGUAACUGCUUUGGUGAAAGUAGAUGAGAGGAAAGCCUAUUGCAUUGGUCUGCCACAUGACACCACUCUGUGAACAUGCAUUGCUUUUACAUG